CUUGAAAUUCUUGAGAGCUGACACUGAGUGUGAUUGAACAGAACAUGUCCUUUUCCCUUGGGCUGCUCUGUCGGCAAUGUUGCCAUUCAAUUCUUAGUCCACGCCCAGCACUCGUUCGAGAGUUUUCUUCAACACCUAUCUUAGCCCUACGACGAACGAAAAAGAUUCCGGUGCUCUCCAAGAAAGCCCUCGCAGCAAAAGCAAGAAAGCGCGCAGCGAAGGCUCGCAAACACAUAUAUGAGAAUGAGAAGAUGACUCUCGAAAGCGCUAUUGACGUGAUCCGUGCGGUUGAAGUUGCAAAAGCAAAUGCUACAUACGAGCUGGUAAUCAAGACUGCCAUGUCCCGUGGAUCUAUCAUUCCAAAGGGUCGUAUUGCUCUCCAUCGUGAAACUAAAGCUCGCCCCGAAGACCGCAUCCUUGUAUUUGCCGAGGGCCGUCAGGCAGAAGAGGCAAAGAGCGCGGGUGCACACAUCGUCGGUGGCAUUGAGCUAGCAGAUGGUGUAAUCAGCGGCAAACAUCAUGCAACCACCAUUCUAUGUUCCACAGCCCUCAUCCGGACCAUCACCCCAAAACUCGGACGUGUCCUCGGCCCGCGUGGUUUGAUGCCUUCUGAACGUCGAGGGACGGUUACGGAUGAUUUUGCCGGCUACUUGCGGCGACUUUCUGGUACUACAGAGUGGAAAGGCGACAAGAAUGGCGUCAUUCGGAUGCCUAUUGGCAAGCUCCAUUUCCCGAUAGAAGACGUAGUUAAAAACGUCAAGCAAUUCGUGACCGCUGUCAAACGGGUGACCGGGAACCAGAAAGAUGCCGAGGAGAAGGGAAAGAGCAAGAGUGUCAAGCCUGUCAAUGCCAUCACACGUGUAAUGCUGAGCUCAACGCAGGCACCCAGCAUCCAGAUAUCGGACAUUUGAUAUAGCAGUGUUGAUCGGGAACCAGACAGUGAAAGUUCUGAUUUCAAAUAUUCUGCUUGAGAGCAACGUGUUACUUGUGCAUCCUUGCAAAAUCACCCUUUCCUUGUCACUAAAUAUUGAAGUACAUUUAUAUAUCCUAUAGUAGAUGUUUCAUAAAGUGAUGCCACCACUAUCCGGCUCCUUGUCAGCUC